GUUCAAGAACCAUGUCCAAAGAAAGAGACGGAUCCAUAUCCAGGGAACGAGACAGAUCAAGGUCGCAAUCCAGCUCCAGGUCCAGAGAGAGAGACCGAUCAAGAUCCAGAGGACGUGACAGAUCCAGGUCCAGAGAGCGAGACAGAGACCGGGGGCGCUACGACAGAGGCCGCUAUACACGGGAUCGCUAUGAUGAUCGCCGUGACGAUAGGGACGGGCCGUAUGACCAUUGGAGCAACCGGGAUGCGGAGUCAGAUCACCGGAGGCGAGGUCGCUCCGGCUCCCCCCCAACGGACAGGGAGCCGGGGGCUGCAGAGGAGCCACCGGUUAAGAAGAAGAAGGAGGAGAUCGACCCCAUUCUGACGAGGACGGGUGGAGCUUACAUCCCCCCCGCCAAGCUGCGCAUGAUGCAGCAGCAAAUCACUGACAAGAGCAGCCUGGCCUAUCAGAGGAUGAGCUGGGAGGCCCUAAAGAAGUCCAUCAACGGUCUGAUUAACAAAGUCAACGUGUCCAACAUCGUCCAAAUCAUCCAGGAGCUGCUGCAGGAGAACAUCGUCAGGGGGAGGGGUCUGCUGUCUCGCUCGGUGUUGCAGGCUCAGGCGGCUUCGCCGACCUUCACUCACGUGUACUCGGCCGUCGUCGCCAUCAUCAACUCCAAGUUCCCUCAGAUCGGAGAGCUGAUCCUUAAGCGCCUCAUCCUAGCCUUCAGGAGGAGCUACCGCCGCAACCUCAAGCAACAGUGUCUGACAGCCUCAAAGUUUGUGGCACAUCUCAUCAACCAGAAUGUGGCCCAUGAGGUCCUUUGCCUUGAGAUGCUCACUCUGCUGCUGGAGCGUCCGACCGACGACAGCGUGGAGGUCUCCAUCGCCUUCCUGAAGGAGUGUGGACUCAAACUGACCGAGGUUUCCCCGCGAGGAAUCAAUGCCAUUUUCGAGCGGCUCAGGAACGUCCUGCACGAGUCGGCCAUCGAUAAGAGGGUCCAGUACAUGAUCGAGGUGAUGUUUGCCAUCAGGAAGGACGGUUUCAAAGACCAUCCAGUGAUCCCAGAGGGCCUGGACCUGGUGGAUGAGGGCGACCAGUUCACCCACAUGCUGCCGCUGGACGACGAGUACAACACUGAGGACAUCCUGAACGUGUUCAAGAUGGACCCAGACUUCCUGGAGAACGAGGAGAAAUACAAAACCAUUAAAAGAGAUAUCCUGGACGAGGGCAGCAGCGACUCGGGGGAGGAGGCCGACGGCAGCGACGAAGAUGAAGACGACGAAGAGGAGAAUGCGGAGGAGGGAGGAGAUGAGAAGGUCACCAUCUAUGAUCAGACAGAAGUCAACCUGGUUGCCUUCAGAAGAACCAUCUACCUUGCUAUCCAGUCCAGUUUGGACUUUGAGGAGUGCGCUCACAAGCUCAUCAAGAUGGAGUUUCCCGACAGCCAGACGAAGGAGCUUUGUAACAUGAUCCUGGACUGCUGCGCACAACAGAGAACCUACGAGAAGUUCUUUGGUCUGCUGGCCGGGAGGUUCUGUCUGCUGAAGAAGGAGUACAUGGAGAGCUUCGAGGGGAUUUUUGCGGAACAGUACGAAACGAUUCACCGGCUGGAGACCAACAAGUUGAGGAAUGUGGCUCGGCUGUUUGCUCACCUGCUCUACACGGACUCCGUGCCCUGGAGCGUGCUGGAGUGCGUCCGGAUGAGUGAGGAGACCACGACGUCGUCCAGCAGGAUCUUUGUUAAGAUUCUUUUCCAGGAGCUCUGCGCCUACAUGGGCCUCCCCAGACUCAACCAGAGGCUCAAAGACCAGACUCUGCAGCCAUACUUUGAAGGUCUCUUCCCUCGUGAUAAUCCCAGAAAUACUCGCUUCGCCAUCAACUUCUUCACGUCUAUCGGACUGGGAGGACUUACGGACGAGUUGAGGGAACAUUUGAAGAACGCUCCCAAGAUCAUCAUGACUCAGAAACAGGAAGUGGAAUCCUCAGAUUCCUCCUCAUCUUCAUCCUCCUCUUCGUCUGACUCCUCCUCCUCCUCGGACUCCUCCAGUGAAUCAGACUCCUCCAGCAGCAGCUCAGGUAUGUCAUACUGUUUUUAAGUGUUAAAUUGUGUGCUGUGUUCUUCUGAAGAGCCUGAUGUGUGUAUUAUAUUCCCUCUUGACCUCCAGACUCAGACAGCAAACACAGAAAGAAAAAGA